GGUUCUUAUUCAGGCAUAGGUUGGUUUAAUUAGUUGGCUUCCCAGCCUCUUUUGACUGAAUUUCCUAAAUUCUGAUUCUGAGGGGUUUCUUCUUCUUUUAUAUAGGAGCAGUCUUUCAAAUCUAACUAGGAGGGAAAAUUCUGGUGAGCCCUUUCUGCUCCAUCUUUCACAGUAAAUUUCAAAUUUCCUUUAACUACAGGUGCUUGGGCUCCUCAGGCUAAGAAAUCCAUACUCAACGGUAGCUGUUCUCGAGUUACCAAAGGCAUCAUUCCUUAUUGUCUGCUGGAUCCCUAUAAUCAGCAUAUCUGGGCUUUUGCAAAUCUGCUAAUGUGUUAAGCCAACUCUUGGAGCAAUUGUGCUUUGAUAUGGAAAGGAGAUUGUAAUUUCAUCUUGGAAGGAACGUUGCCGAAUUUUAAUUUCCCCCCUGGUGUAAAAUGAGAGAUGAAGAAUCUCUGGCUCCCCGAGGGGCAGUGAGAAUAGCUUUGUUUGGUGGGUGAGCGGGAAGCUCUCAGUUCUGUGCUGAUAGAGGAAGUUACAUCAGCCUGCAUAAUUAAGCAGCUUGAGAGCCUUUAGCUCGAGAAGCUCUGGAGGUGGGAGCUCUCCUUUUCUCACGGUCUAACAAGUGGGCAACUGGCUGGCCGAAUGCAGCCUGGGACUCUCCCUUAAGAAAUGUAGCACGGGACAGACAACAGGCUGCAGUGGAAAGCGAUGAGGGCAGCAGGGAAGUGUCAAAUGCCAUUUUUCAGGGGACCGGGGACUUCUGCACAGUGUGGGCUGUCUUGACAAAGUGGAUUUUAUGGAAACAUUUUUUACAUUGAGAUUGGAACAAAGGCAGUGCCAACAUGAAUCCCAGAGCCCCUGCUCCCAAGACCCGAGGGGAUAACUAUUUGAGCAUAAAGGAUUCUGAAUCCCUUGACACCUACAUUCAGAACACACUCUCUGCCCUGUAUCCCCCUUUUGAGGCAACAGCUGCCACUGUCCUGUGGCAGCUUUUCACUAUUGUUGAAAAGCUGUAUGGAGGAGAUGGUCUUCGUUGCCUGAUUGAUUUCCUUGUUCCUGCCAAGAGGAUCUUGCAGUGCAUUCAACAAGAAACUUGCGCUAGGUACACAGGCCUCAUUUUCUACCAUGAAGGUUGGCCACUGUGCAUCCAUGAGAAGGUGGUGGUACAGCUAGCGUCCCUCCACAAAGUUCGGCUCAAGCCAGGAGAUUUCUAUCUGCAAGUUGUCGCAGGAGGAAAGCAAUCUGCCAAACUUGUUCUGAAAUGCCUCGCUCAACAUGGACAAGGAAUGGAAGAAGUCACUGUACCUGAAGCCAUGUAUGGAUGCAUUUUCACAGCAGAGUUUUUGGAAAAUGUGAACUGUGAGAGGGCCAGUUUCCCUUUGCAGAGCUGCUUGCUGACCACAGGCACUGUAGUCUAUCGUACCCCAUGGAGCAACAUCAUGAACCCCAUCUUUGUCCCUACAUCUGAAACCAUCCUUCAUAAUUAUUCUGGCAGCCCAGUGCCAAACCCAUUGGGUCACCGAAAUCUAGAUUCCUAUUCACCCACACAAACCAUGGAGAGCAACCAUUCCCGAGGCAGCUCUACUUCCAAUGACACUGGUUGCACAGUUAUGGAGGCAUCACUAUCCUGUAGCCGUGGAAGCUCAGGGAGUGAUCUGUCCAGCCCACUUCAUUCCCCUGAAAGAAGAACUGAAUUAGAAAGCCCCAGAACCCCUACUGGAGAUUGUGAAGGAGAGUAUGUAAACCUUGCUGUGUUUGCUCAUGAGUCUCCUAGCUUUGAGAGGAGCCUUUCAGAACCCCCUGAGAUGUGUGAGGAGACAGAUAGAUCAAUCCAUGUUGAGGAAUUAUCUGACACAGUGGAAGAGAAGAAAACUGGCCUAAGAAAUAUUACUUUCAACACAGACUUGAGUAGUCCUUGUGCUAGGCGGAGGCAGCUGAGAGAUUCUACCUAUUUUGAGACCAGACGUCUAUUUCGAAAAUCAUACAUGGAAGCCUUGCAAAACCCAAUGCACCUUGGCUCCAGCUCAGAGGAGUCAAUAACAGAAGAAAUCUCAGACCCGAUCCUUCAUUCACCUAAAAUGAAUGAGAGAACAGGGGAUGUCAGGAUUGCUACUAAACCAACUCAGAAGCAAAGUUAUCUUUCUGAGAGGCUUCUCCCUAAAGAAGAACUAAGAGGAAACAUGAGUCCUAAGUCCUGCUCCCAGUCAUCAGACAAGCAACUUGGACCUGUUGGAUCUUCUAUAGUAUCUGGAAAGAGAGCUAUUCCCAGACGGUCUCAAUCCUUGGAUAGGUCGCACAAAAGUUCCCAGGAUAAAGGCCAUGAUCCCCGUCGGGCCUCAGAUGAUUCAUCAGAUGUAAAUCCUAAAAAGCUCUUAAAUGGACAAGCUUUAAGCCCUGAAAAAUUGGACCCCAACAACCACUUCUGCAUCGCUGUUCAAAGUCACAAAUGCACCAAAGAUGAUGAAGAUGUUCUUCAGAGCACAACCAUAAGAGAUGCAAAUGACAGCUUCCAAAGCCAUGAGUCCAACACAUUUUCAAAUGUAUCCCCUGAAUCGCUGCCCUGUGAGGGUGAACCACUGUCUACAAACACAGGAGACUUCUAUCACAAGCUACCCAACCAGUUACUUGAAAUCAACCAAGAAUUACUUCAGUCUGGAAUCAUUUCCAUCCCUGGGACCAGAGACCGUAACGGGAGGGCAGUGGUGCAGGUGUGCACCAGAAGUGCAUUCUGGUUAAAGGAGCAAUCUUCAAGCAAUGAACUCACCCGCCUUUUGAUGUACCUCUACGGCAUUCCCAGGAAGGAGGUGCGUGAUUUGGGACUGGUCAUCUUAGUAGACGCACGGAAAUGCCAGCCUGCUCCUGCUCUCUUCAAAGCUUUCACUGCAUUGCAGAAUUCAGCACCACAGUCCAUUAACAGCAUUCUGCUUCUGGUGGAUAAAGAAUCAGCUUUUAGACCUGACAAGGAUACAGCAUUGCAGCAAUGUGAGGUUCUGACCUCCCUGAAGGCCCUGCAUAAGCUCAUUGACAGUACACAGCUGACAACAGAGUUUGAUGGGACCUUUCUUUACAACCACAGUGACUGGAUCCGUUUCCGAAGGAAACUAGAACCAUUUGCUACAAACUGCAAAGAAGCCAUUACUUUUCUACAGAAUUCUGUCUGUUCCCUGACCACAAACAAGACCCUAAGUACAGUGCAAGAAGUGGUGGAACUAAUCAACAAACACAAGACAAUGAUGAAGCUUGUUCUGGAAGAUGUCCUUCUGGUAACGCUCCGCUUAGAAGGUGGCACAGUCCUGGCCAGGCUCCGGAAGGAAGACUUCUGUGGGACUGAAGAUUAUAGAGAUGCUAUGGAAGCUAUAACCAGACUAUAUAAUCAAGUAGAUGAAGAGGUCCAUAGGCUAGUCCUGUCAUCUAAUAAGUGUCUUCAGCAGCUGGAGAACCUACAAGAAUUAAGAAAGCUUGAGGAAGGGUGUAACCAGAUUAAAUUAUGGUUUGAAAAUGAGCGAGAAAAAUACCUUGGCCCUUUGGAGCUACUCUCUCUAGAGAAUGUGAAGAAAAAGCAAGAAGAAUUUCGGGCAUUUGGUGACAUGGUGAUGCAAUAUUGUAGAAAAGGACUACAAUUGGUGAAAGAUAAUAACUCACCAAAUAUGGAAGAAAAAAUCCAGAACUUCAAAAGAUACCUGAAUGAUAUCAUCAGCCAAACAGAGAGAAGGAAAGGGGAGCUGGAGAAGCUGGCAAAUCUCUAUGAAUUUUAUGAGACGGCAAACAGAUGGAUGCUCCAUUGCAAUGAGUACCUUGAACAUCUGUCGCUAGAGACUAAUUAUUCUCCAUCAGUGAUAGAGUAUUUAAAAAGCUAUCAUCAAGAAGCUACGAAAGUGUCUGCUGAAAACUUCCACAAAGUGAAUGAGAUGGUACUGGGCCUUGGUAGCAAGAAGGAGCAGAAACAGUGGAAUAUUUUAUGGCUGAAAUGUCAGCAGACCAAGCAUCGUUUAGAAGAGGUCCUCUCUGAAGCCAUCCGAGGAUCUGGCAGACAGUCUUUCAGCCAGGUUCUCCUGGAGUCUAGUUCAAAAGGAGAACAUGAGUUUGUCAUUGAAGGUCUGAGGAAGCAUGGUCAGGUGCCUGGACUUCCUCUUACUAGUCUUGACAGUAGCCUUUGGGAAAAUAAUGGACUGUUGUUCUCCCAGCGAGCUAGUUUCUCUGGAAUACAGGUUCUUUCAGAGCAAGAGGGGCCAAGCUCAGGAAUGUUUACUCCUCCUAGCACAUCACCCUCACCAAGUCUUACUCCACUGUUGGGGGGACUCCCCAGAACCAGUCCUCUCUUGGAGGACAUGGAUAACAUCUCUACUUGCUAUUCGGAACCCAUCCAGUCUCCAACUACCCGCCAUAGGAAACACCCCUUCAAGAAGAUCAUGAAGAAGACACAAAGCUUUGAACUUCCUCAGCUUGACAGCAGCCCCAGUGAGCUGCAUCGGCACGGAUACACUGGUGUUUACAUAAAAGGACUGGAGGUGGCCAGCAAUGUGGCCGCUGAGAAAAAACAUGGACAAAAGCCAAACAUUAAGAGCCCUCUGGUCAGUAGGAACCGAAGCUUGUCGUCCCCUUCCAGGAUUCAUCAUACCGAGGAGGAAAGAAAGAGAGCAGGAAGCAAUAAAGUGCAGCAUAUAAUGGAUGAAAUGAUCACCACUGAAAGGGAAUAUGUUAGAUCCUUAGGAUAUAUCAUCGACAACUAUUUUCCAGAAAUGGAAAGAAUGGACCUGCCCCAGGACUUGCGAGGGAAACGCAACAUAAUCUUUGGGAACCUGGAGAAGCUUUAUGAUUUCCACUGUCAGUAUUUCUUAAAAGAGCUGGAGCACUGCAGAGACUGCCCCUUGCCUGUCAGCCACUGUUUUCUGAGACAUGAGGAGCAGUUUGGAAUGUACGCACUCUACAGCAAAAAUAAACCGCAGUCGGACGCUUUGCUUAGCAGCCAUGGAAACGCCUUCUUUAAAAACAAGCAGCAAGACCUGGGCGAUAAGAUGGACUUAGCCUCCUACCUGCUUAAACCCAUCCAGAGGAUGAGUAAAUAUGCCCUGCUGCUAAAGGACAUGAUCAAAGAAUGCACCAAGACACAGGAACAGGAGCUCAGCGACCUCCGAGCUGCCGAGGAGAUGGUCAAAUUCCAGCUUCGCCACGGGAAUGACUUGCUGGCCAUGGAUGCCAUCCGGGGGUGUGAUGUGAAUUUAAAAGAACAAGGGCAGCUGAGAUGUCAAGAUGAAUUUAUUGUUUGUUGUGGAAGGAAAAAAUAUCUAAGACAUGUCUUCCUUUUUGAGGAUCUUAUCUUGUUUAGCAAGACCAAGAAGAUUGAUGGAGGAUAUGAUAUUUAUAUGUAUAAACAGUCAUUCAAGACUGCUGAAAUUGGAAUGACAGAAAACGUUGGAGACAGUGGUCUGAGGUUUGAGAUCUGGUUCCGAAGGAGGCGGAAAUCCCAAGAUACCUACAUCCUUCAAGCAAGUUCUGCAGAAGUGAAAAUUGCUUGGACAAAUAUCAUAGGGAAAAUCUUAUGGAGACAAGCGCUGAGGAACAGAGAACUCAGGAUGCAAGAAAUGGUGUCUAUGGGAAUAGGCAACAAACCAUUCAUGGAUAUCAAGCCCAGUGAUGCAGCCAUAAGUGAUCGGGCAAUAGAUUAUAUCAUGAAGGGAACAGAGUCGAGAUCUAGGGCAUCUAUAGCUGUGUCUUCAUUUGAUCACUCAACACCCUUUAAAAGGCCCCACUCUACCAUCUCCAACAGCAGUACCUCUUCCUCAAGCAGCCAGUCCUCAUCUUCAAUUUUGGGGUCACUAAACCUGCAUGUUUAUUCUAGUCCAUCUUAUUCAGGACUGCUAAGCCCUCCCUUCUAUCACUGGACUUAUGACAUUAAAACCUGUAUUGAGGAAGAUGAGCUAGAACAGGAAACUGGAAGCCAGCCAUCAAUGAUCACUGAGAGUUCUGAGUCAUCACAGUGCACCUCUGGUGAGAGCAUCAGCGGCUUUAGCAGCUCAGCCCACCCUGGGCUGUCCCAGCUUCUUCCAGACACAUUUUCAGAUGAAAGUGCUUCUAAUCCUGGCUCCAAGCCUCCCUCCCAGUGUACAUCUCCAGCUCUCCCUGGGAAGAAUUCCAGGUUGAAGCAUGAUAGUAAUCAGUAUAUUACAACAAACAAAACUUCUCAUGUAUUAGGCUUCUCAACAGUGGUUUGACUGGCAGGCAAACAUUCACUGUGAUUGCUCUGACCUUGAUGACACUGUCCAUGCAACAACUAUCUCAGAGCUCUUUGGACCCAGACACGAGAAUGAAGAACACUAUCUGCAUGUCUGCUAAUACAUGAGUCAGGAAGAAAAGGAUCACAUCCUAUGCACCAACAAUUCCUGCAUUACAAGGACCAAUCGAGCUGCUAUGCCCUAGGAGUCACCUCUUCUUUGAUGUUCACUCCACCUUAUCCCUGUGCAUUAUUUCAGCCUAGCUUGAGCAUCAUUUUUACUCCCUGAUUGUGCUCCAACAUGUCAGGGAGAAGGCUAAUGAGCCUUUAGACUCAAUCUCACCCUCAGACUAACCAAAUGUGGACCUGCCACCCAAAGAAAGUCAACCAGCCUUUCAGAAUAGCAGCAAAGGGACCUGAGUACAGCUGAGAAAUCGCCAAGGAAACAGAAACAUUUCUUUCUUGAAAAGACACGGCCUCUUUACCUAUUUUGAAGGGCAUAUAAUUCACUCUUCAAGAUUGCAUGGGACAAAGGCACUGCAAAACACAAAAAUCACUACUUGGUCCCAGCUGGGGAUGCUUUUGCCCCUGCACCAUCCAUUCCCAGCCCAUCUGCAUCUUUCAAAUAAAGAUGGGCAUAGUUUUGGUAACAGACUUUUACAUUUUGUUUUUUAAAUGGUUUUGUUAGUAGUGGACCUAACUCGCAGAGCCAAACCACGGGCUAAAUUCUUACUGAAGGAGUGGGUACCUAAAGUGUGCUUGCCAUUGAUUUAAGGGAGCAGAAAUUAGCCCUAAUUGUGUAUGUCUGUGCAUACGUCCGUCUGCCUCUCUGGCUGAGGUUGAGAACUUCAAACUUUUUUCUUUCUUUUCUAACGAAUUGUAUGUAAAUAGUGUAGGAGAUAUAUUAGUAAUUGCAGUCAACUCUUGAUUGUCCACACCAGGCUAAGGAGGCCAAGAUGUUUGAAGACCACCAAUACUCCAUAAAGCCAGGCCAACGUGACCAGCCCACUUCCCUUGGCCAGUUUUCCUGCUAUGCUCCCAACAAUUCCUGCCUGGAGAAUCCCAAGUUGACUUGGUAUUGUGCAAUCCUGUCCAUGCAGGCAACUGGUAAGGAGUGAGCUGACCUCUCAACAAAAGCAAAAAAAUGGGCCACCAGCUGGAAGCUUUUGUAAAUAGUACUCUGGGACCUCACUUUUGAAAUCUCAUAAUUAGGAGAAGGUCUUGUCUUAUCAACAUAGUAGCAUCUUUUGCAAGGGUCCACAAAGGCAACGUGUAUAGAUAAAAGAAUAUGGGCCAUUUUAGAAAAUGAUAAUGAUUUUAGUCACGGUUUUUAAAAAGUAUUUUCAACCACUUUUUCAGAAAUCGAAUAUUUCGUUAUCUGUCAACUGUUGAUAAUGAUUUACUUUUGUUAUUUUGUUUCAAUACAAACUUGUUUAAUACUUAAAAAUAAAUAAAUGGAUCAUUUUUCUACUGUUUCACAUUUC